AACAAGCAUGGCAGGAAACAUAAGCAACAGCGCAUCUCCUCUAACUAGUUCUCUGUCUAAACUACAGUCUCUCAACGGACUGUUCGCUAUUUAUAAGAAACAAGGACCGACAUCUGCAGACGUCCUCAAUACACUCAAAGAAGCUUUACUAAAGGAGGCUGGUGUGAAGAAUCCAAACCCGAGGAAGAGGAAGAAGCAGAGUCUGAAGAUGGGUCAUGGAGGGACGCUGGACAGCUCUGCCAGCGGGGUGCUGGUUGUUGGUGUUGGGAAUGGCACAAAAAUGCUCAGCACCAUGUUGGCUGGUUCUAAGAAAUACGUUGCUGUGGGAGAACUGGGGAAAGCAACAGAUACUCUUGAUGCGUCUGGCAGCGUGACUCUGGAGAAAGACUUUGAACACAUCACCAGGGUCGACAUUGAGGAGAAGCUGAAAAACUUUGUUGGUGAUAUUAUGCAAGUCCCUCCACUUUACUCUGCACUGAAGAAAGAUGGCCAGCGUCUGUCUGUCCUGCUGAAGAAAGGCCACAAAGUUGAAGCCAAACCUGCCAGAGCUGUAGCGGUCUACAACCUGACCCUGCAAGAGUUCAAGCCUCCUGUCUUCACUCUGGAUAUCGAAUGCGGUGGAGGAUUUUAUGUGAGAAGCUUGGUGGAUGAUCUGGGAAAAGCUCUGUCGUCAUGUGCUCAUGUCAAAGAGCUGAUCCGUACCAAGCAGGGUCAGUUCACCCUGGAGGAGCACGCUUUACAUGAGGAGCACUGGACACUGGAACAUAUCCUCAAAUCACUGCAGCCCUGCUCAGAGUCAGAGCCGAAUCAGGACUGUACCAAACCGCCACAGGUGGACACCUGAGGAGCAGGUUCACAACAUGACCAGAACUAAAAGUCAACAUCUGGACUUGCUGUUGGUGUGGUGCUUUGUCACGACUCACUGGUUUAACUUCUCCAUUGAUGAGAACAUCAGGUGUUAAUGUGUCCAGCUGUCCUGGAUGAUGAUGAUGAGGUGUUUGUUGGCAGAUGAAGGUUUCUCAAUGGAGACCAAAAUGUCAAAAUAAGACUUAUUAUGGGACUUGUGAUAUGUAGCUCACAUUCCUGUGCUCUCUGUUUGUUUCACCUGAAAUUUAUGUUGUGGUUACAUUUGCUUUUGAAAAUGGAAACACCCACUCCACCCUUCAUCCUCCAUCCUCCACCCUUCAUUCUCCACCCCAACCUCCGUCUCCACCUGCUCUUAUCCAACAUACAGUAAAUACCUGUCCCAAACUAAUUCCACUAUAUAUACAAUGUUCUGUGUCUGUGUGUAUAUUAUAUGUAUGUUUUAUAUUUAUAAUUACACAUGCACAAGGGACAUUGUUUUAACUGUCUGACACACAAACAAGUAAUGGCAAAGAAAGGUAUUUCUGUAGCCAUGCUAGAAAAUACGCUUCAAAUAAGUUGUAUUAGUUUACCUGGAGAUUCAUUCUUGCUCUUAAAGUAAUUUCACAUCUGAGUGAAAUCUAUUUCUGUUCUUCCAAUAAAUUGUUUGACACCCAUUUUUUUUUUUUUUUUUGAAAAUCGAUGUGCCCUGAAUGUGCUGUUGCAUCACAGGUGUUGUAAUCACAGCAUGUCUAACAUCAUU